CAAUGCAUAUUAAACAAGACGAUAUUGAACAUUGCUGCAAAAUAUCUAGACCUAGACAUUUCUGGAUGCCAAGGAGAGUUUCUGGGCCUAGGGAUAAAGGCAAGUGCAUGGUGUCGCAAGCAUCUAAAAAUGACAUUAAUGUCAACUGAAGAAUCUCCAGAAGAAGAACACAGCGACUUGUUUUUUGAGUUGCUCUUGAAUUUGCUGAGCUACUCAGCUGCUAGCUUUUCAGCUAUGGCAAGAUAUCCCAUCUCCAGCAGCAAGGAGUUCAUUCUUACAAUUAAAAAUUUUAUUUCAGAACAACUGAACUUGACAAAAGAUGCAUUGUCAGAGAUAAAGAGGAUACAUGGAUUUGGUUCAGAAGUUCAGAAGGUAUCUCAAGUGGUUCUUGAUGCUGUUAUCCGAUUAUGUAAGGUAUAUUGCAAUGGUGUAAAUUGGGAUUUUGACAGUCUGAAAAUGAACGAGGAUAAGAAGGUCUUAGUUAUUGAAGGGGCUAGUGAUGCAGAUCAUGUUAUUAAUAUAACAAAAUGUACAAUAGAUAAGCUGUGUGAAGUAGGCAUUCUUGCAGCUAAUGAUGGAGGCAGUCUUGUAAGUGUACUUAAUCUGUCUUGGAAAGGAGUUGUUACCUUACUUCAGCUCGGAAAGGGUGCUUUAGCUGCAAGGGUAGAUGUAGCAAGUGUUGUUGUCAGUCUAAUUUCACUUGCCCAGCAAUCUUUGCGAUGUGCAGCUGAGACUUGGUCAUUGCAACUGAAAGAAACUCUCACUAUGACAGAAGCUAAAAGGAUUUUCCUUCCCGUGAAGUUUUAUCUGAUUAAUGCAGUAAGAAUUGUCUCUCAAUAUACAACCCAAGCUUUUUCUGUUUACAAGGAGAUGGUAGGAUGUGUUGUUAUGAUCUCAUCCUUAAAAUUUUUUUUGAGCAAGGAGGAACAUCUAAAAUCUGCAACUGAAGCUUUGGUAGAAAUUCUACAGCCUACAUCCUUCCAUUUACUGAACUCUCUCCUGAAUUCUAUCCAAGUAAAACAAGAGGAGAAGUUUCAAGUUUUGAACUGGUUGUUCAGUGAUGAAAGUAAUCUGAAUCCUGUUCCUAGGGUAUCUAAUGGUGAAAAUUUGCCUUAUACAGUGGAUGGAAUCCACUUUUCAAGUUGUGCUGCUAUGGCAGUCCAAACAUUUUUUCUUGGUCGAGUAAACCUGUUUCUUGAACUUCUGAAAAGCUCUGCUGAUCUUGAAGAUGAUGUCAAAUUCUGGAUGGCCAGGAAGCUUCAGUGGCUUUUGGAUAUUCUUGUCGAUGAGCAUGUAUAUGCUGCCAGUCUUACCCUGCAAGUUCCCGUCUCACGUAAAAACCAGGAGUUCAUAUACCAGCCUUUUUUUCAUACUAUAGUCAAUUCACUAGAAACAUUCAUGGUAGUUAUGUCUUCGAAUCCAGUAUGGGGUGAGAUAGAAUCUUUCCUUCUGGAAAAUUUGUUGCACCCACACAUUCUUUGCUGGGAGAUUGUUACUGAAUUAUGGUGUUUUCUGCUACGUCAUGCUGAGACCAGUUUGGUGAAAGACAUUAUUGACAAGCUUUGUGCAUUACUAGGGUACACAGCUUUUCCAGAAGCAGUUUUCAGUCCUGGUAGUGCUCUUCGAAAGAUUGCAAGGUCUAUUUGUCUGAUUGUUACUUGCUGUUCACAAGCAGUAGCAGAUCAAGUUUACGAUGCCGUUACAGGAGAUAACAAAUCUCAAGAUUCAUCAAUGAUCUACACAGCUCUUCUCAUGGAAGGUUUCCCAUUAACUAUACUUUCACAAAGGACAAGAAGUACAGCAAAAGCCAGAGUCUUAACAGAAUAUUUCUGCUUUGUGGAGAGCUUUGGUAGUGAAUUACCAAAAACAAGUGGUUUUGAAAUUUAUGGUGCUCCAGUAGAUGCUCUAUCCGCUACAUUGCUGGCUCAACAGGUUAGCAUAUCUGAUCCAGAAAUGAAGACCUUAAAGUUUCUGGUUGCUAUCAUUGACAAGUACAGAAAAUGCAAUGACAGCAAAUUGAAGGACAUCUACUGCAGGCUCCUUACUGAAGUUUUAACCAUCACCUCUAACAUGAAGCAUUUGUAUUCCUGUGAUGAAAUAGAGGGAGUCAUCCUAGAACUUAGAAACCUCUUUAUCCCCAAACCAGCUUUAUCAGCAGAAGAUAGUCUACUGUUUCAAUGCAAACCUAAUCUAGCAAACUUUAUGGCUGGUCUUGGUCAUGUUGAGUUGGCAGAGAGUGAUGAUAAUGCAAGGACUUCAGCCGUUUGGGAAUUGUAUCACAUGUUAUUGAGAGAGCAGCACUGGGCCUUCAUUCACCUAGCAUUGACAGCAUUUGGAUAUUUCGCUGCUCGUACACCUUGCGUCCAACUGUGGAGAUUUGUUCCACAAGAUGCGGCUCUUUCAUUUGAUUUGGAGUCAGGAAAUGAAGCAGAUGAGGACGGAUUCAUGGCCGAGUUGAAAGGAUUUCUAGAUAAGGAAUCGGCUUCCAUUUUAACAAAGCCUACCCCUGAUCACACUGGGAUGCUUCUGAAAGAAGGCUUGAAGCUCAAGGAAAUGCUUAACAGAAACUUGGCCAUCAAUGAGGAAGCUGCAAUUGGUGAUGAUGCCAUGGAGGUUGAUGAACACAACCAUGGUAAUAAGAAAAGGAAAUUCCCCGAUGAGAUAGGCAAAGGAGUUGAAUUAUUGCAGAGUGGUUUGAAAGUCAUGGGUGAUGGACUUUCGCAUUGGCAGCAUAAUCAGACCGGAUUGAAAGAAAUUCAUGACAAAAUUUUGACACAUUUUUCUCGUCUUGAAGAUGUUGUCUCUCACUUAGUUAGACUAACUGGUGAUGCCUGAGAGAUCGUAAAACUCCACUGAUGUUUUAGCUCUUACUGAGAAGCAAAAGCAGUGAAUCAUAUGUUUUCCUCUGCAGAGAAGCAUCGGCCCCGAUAAGUUAAAAGAGAGUUCCAUUCUUUUGACUGAA